GUCAAAUUGCACAUGUGACCCGGAAGUGAUACCGCCGGAAGGAAACGCGAGUUUACCGGAAGCCGCCAUCUGCUGCAGCACGCCAGUUUGCUUUGUUAAAUCUAGUCGGUAUUCAUAUUCACCGCGACUGCAGUCUGAAUAUAAACAUGAGUCUUUUGAAUAAGCCCAAAUCAGAGAUGACGCCGGAGGAGCUGCAGAAGCGGGAGGAGGAGGAGUUCAACACGGGCCCGCUGUCCGUGCUCACCCAGUCGGUGAAAAACAACACGCAAGUCCUCAUCAACUGCCGAAAUAACAAGAAGCUGCUUGGCCGUGUUAAGGCGUUUGACAGGCACUGCAACAUGGUGCUGGAGAACGUGAAGGAAAUGUGGACUGAGGUCCCCAAGAGCGGGAAGGGCAAGAAGAAGUCCAAGCCGGUCAACAAGGACCGCUACAUCUCCAAGAUGUUCCUGCGUGGUGACUCAGUCAUUGUGGUGCUGAGGAACCCACUUAUCAGUGGGAAAUAGUCCCCUCCCCCCCUUUUAGGUGAAUGGUGAACAGUCUCGGUCCUCAGCGGUCACAUGCGAUGGUCCAUCAUUUUGGUCUUUGGUUUGUUUAUUUGGAUAAUUAAAGCCAAAUGUAUGUGAUGUGUAACUUCAUUAGAUUUUUUUAUAACCCCCCCCCCCCCCCC